AGAUAUAUUGAAGUAAAAAUUAUAGGUUACUUACUUUUGCAUAACCACCAUAGAUGAUUUUUUUUCCAAUUAAGUUUAGAUUAGGUGUCCUUUUUUCGUAAGUUUUUUUGUUUUUUGUGUUCCACCCGGUUCACCCUUUGGGCUAAUCUGGAUUCGAGGAUCAGUUCUGGUGGUAAGGUUCCAGUCCUCUCCCAAUGGUUAUUGCGGGGGAUCGAACACACGGUCCUUCCUACCAAAUGUAACCCCAAUUACCACUACAUCAAUAGCCAAUUGAUAAAUAAACUUUGUAUGUGACUAUUAAUUUUGAACUUUCUUUCAUGAACGUUUCAUUAAAACCUAUCUUCUUUGAUGCCCUCAAAAAAAAAAAAAAAAUCUAUCUUCUUUGAUCCUCUUAGCAUAUACGCUUUUCUCUUUGCAAUGUCUUUGACCCAACCCACUAUUGUGUCCCUCUUUUAUCAAGUGACCUUUUAACCUAGACUACCCCGACUCGAACUGCCCAACCAAGUCAAAUUAGGCCUCAUCUAAUGGCUUAAAAUCCGAAUACUCUUCAACAAAUUUUCCAGUGCCACUAGCUUAGCGCACGUCUAAACUACUGCCACACUCUGCUAUCUCCGAUAGCAAGCAAGAGAGACAAAAAGUCAAAAGGCAAAAGCAAAGUCAAAGGAGAGAGAAAGAGAGGGGAAAGAUGGCAACCAUAGAAACACGGGUAAACAUCCAUGAUACAGUCUACACUGCAGCAACUCGCCACGCUUUUAUACGCUCUAUCCGCGAUGGCUCCGUUGAUCUCUCCUCUUUCAAACGCUGGCUGAGUCAGGAUUACAUAUUUGUCAGGAAAUUUGUUCCUUUUGUUGCGAGUGUACUGGUGAAAGCUUGUAAGGAAUCAGAUGAUGAAUCGGAUAUGGAAGUUAUUUUAGCUGGUUUGGCUUCUCUGAAUGAUGAAAUUUCUUGGUUUAAGAAUGAAGCUGCAAAAUGGGAUGUCAAGCUCAGUGAGAUCACUCCUCUGAAAACAAAUCAGAAUUACUGCAGGUUUUUAGAAAGCUUGAUGCAACCAGACGUCAGUUAUGCAGUGGCAAUGACAGCCUUCUGGGCUAUUGAGGCUGUUUACCAAGUGAGCUUUGCCCAUUGUCUUGAAGCUGAUGCCAAAACUCCGUCAGAACUCAAAGAAGCUUGUGAGAGAUGGGGGAGUGAAGGGUUUGGCAAGUAUUGUGAAUCUCUGCAGAAAAUUGCUGAUCGAAGUAUUUCAAAGGGAUCGCAGGAUGUGCAAAAUAUAGCUGAAGCAAUGCUUUUGCAAGUUCUUGAGCUAGAAGUUGAGUUCUGGAAUAUGAGUGAGGGACAGAUGACUUAGGAGCAGAAAGUAUGUGUUUGUAUUUGUGUUUCGAUUGUGUUUCUUGUAUGUUUUACAGCUUAAAGUUGGUUUUGAAUCAUAAAGAUGCAUUUUUUUUUUUUUUUUUUUAAUUUGAAAAGUGCUUGUAAAAGCUAGUUUGGCAGGCAACAAUUAUGUUACAUACGAUAUAAAAGGAAUACUAUCGUAUUACCA